CAACAAACAAUAAUAAAGGAGAAUAUGACACCAGCCCAUACAGAUUCUCCUUUAAGGCGUUCAGAAGUGGGUAUUUUCCGAGAGGGACAACAAAAUGUCACUAUCAAUGACGAUGAAGAGGAAAGACGGCAGGCCAGAAGAAGAACUUUAUUGGCUGGCAAUAAUACGGGAGAGUCGUCGACCUUUGAAGAGAAUGAAACAUUAAAGAAAUGUCUGGAAAUCUAUAAUGGCAAUAAGUUAAGCAAAGAAAAUGCCUGGUCUCUUUCGCUCAUCGAUACAUUGUCCACUUUGCUGGAAAGGCAUCAUAAAUCUUUAAAUAAUUUUAAGGUGGCUGGUUCCUCUUUAGAGGCUUCUUCUAAGGUUUAUAGUUUAAGAGUAGAUUCCAUACAUUCAGAUGUCUUGCGCAUGUCUGCUGGCCUUAAUGCUCAAAAGUAUAAAGAGAAACGCAUCGAUGAGGAUGAUGACGAUGAGGCUGAAAAUGAAGUGGCCACGGGUGGAGAUGGCAGUAAUGAUCCUAAUGCUAGUGCUGCUGGUAUAGAGGGAGCUGAAAAACAAGCGGCUAAACCUAAAGCCAAGAAACAGCGUAAAAAUCUUUCCACGGUAACUAAAAACAAGGAUACCCUAAAUGCCCGUUUAGAUACGGUACCCCUGCAAGAUCCUGUUUUUGGCAAAUUAAACUCCAUUGUUGGCUCCAUCAACUCCUCGAAUCGUUUGAUGAAUAACAUACUACUCACACAUGAUUCAGAAUUACGCUUAAGGACUACUUUCCUUAUAUGGGAUAAACAAGAACUACCCAAUUGUGAUUUUACCGAGGAAGUAGAUUUACAUACCGACAAUGAGGCGGAAUUGGCUCCUUGUGAUCGUUUGUUUAAAAUGAAACGUCCUGAGGAUAUUCAGCUGCGUCCUUUACAUGGUGGUUAUGUUAUAUCCGAUACUCCAGAAGCUAAAGAUGAGGAUGAUGAGCAGGAUAAACGUUCUCGUUUAAAUAGUAUACAAUCGGAUGAUGAUGAUGGUCCGCCGGGUUGUAAUGAUGAUGAUAUGAUGAUGGGAGGCGGCGGUGGUGGUGGUGAUAUGUGUGAUUUGGCACCAUUCGCCAAUACUAAUGAAAUGGGUAUGGCUUUCGAUAUGAAUGCUGAAUGUGAACCUAUGCCUAUGUUGAGUCAGCAGGUGCCAAUAAUGGAUGUUAAUUAUGAGGAAUUGGAUGAUUUGACUACAGAGGAACGUACCGCCAUUAAUAACUGUCGCGGACUGCGCAAAGCGCCCAUUCUCAUCGAGGAUUUACGCCCAGUCGAUGCAAGCUCCAAACUUGAAUACUCUUAUCGUCCACUCGAUAAAAUCUCACAAUUUUGGGCAGGACCCUCUCAUUGGAAAUUUAAACGUGCUCGUACUGUACGCUCCAGUUUAGCAGUCCAACAACAAACCGAAGUUGGUGGUCGAGCAACAAAUCAAAGAGGCACUAAACGGGCCAAAAAGGCUUUGGACAAAAGUAAAUCGAAACAAUUGAAAUUUGGUGAAUUUCACGAUGAACUCUUUAUAAAAUACGAUGACAAGUUCAAGAGUCGUAAGGUUAACAUACAAAAGAAAUGGGAUCAACGCAAACUAAAACUGCCAAUUGAUAUGCAAUUGGAUAUGGACAGAUUUUUCUAUUAUUCCCUGGCACCUGGUUUGCCGGUGCACAUAAAGGGUGCAGAACAUGCGGGCGUUACAAUAUGUGAUGGCUCUGAAGAGGACACUUUGCAAAAUAAUAUGGAUCAUAUGGCCACAGAUGAUCAUCAUUUCGGACAAGAUGAUGACAUGCAACACGAUAAUAUGCCCAUGAGUGAAGAAAAUCACACACGCAACAUGACAAAUAUGGGUGAUGGCCUAGGAAAUGAGGAAGGUUUGGAAAAUAAUUUUGCCCCCAGUGAGGGCAAUGGCAAUGAUACGAUACUGGAAAUAGCCACCGAUUAUGAGGGAGCUCCCACACAGGUUACCAAGAUUAUAGUACCUUUUGCCAAGCGUGCCAAAGUGAUUGAUAUGAAAAAUCUUAAACGUAGUUGUACAGUAUUGCUAACCAAACAGCUUAAACAGCCAAUUGUUGAGAAGGAGCUGCCGCAACAUCCCAUACCCAAACAGGAAGAAUACCAAGAUGGUGUUGCCAGUUUCCAUGAAGUCUAUGAACACCUGCCCGAGCUAUUGUCACAAAAUAUGACUGCGGCCCUCUCCACCUCCAUAGCAUUUUACUCUGUGUUACAUUUAGCCAAUGAACAUAAUCUGCGCUUAAUACCCCAACAAGAUCUUAAAGAUUUCAAAAUACGCAAAGUGGCAGGAUAGUUUAGGUGGUUUUCAAUUUAUUUUUACUUACAAUUUUUUUUUUUU